AGCUCCUCAAGCUCGCCAAGGAGGAGAAAAGGCGAAGACGCUCCCUCGAUCGAUUCCCCCUUCUCCAUUUCAAACCCAAACCCACCAUCACAAUCACCUCGCAUCGGAUCAAAUCAAAGCCACCACCGCAAAAUCCCCAAAACCAAUCGCGACAAAGCGCCGAGCAAAAACCCUAGCUCGCGAGACUUCCCCCCACCCCAUGGCGGCGGCCAACUCCUCCUCCUCCCCGUCGGCCGGCGGCGGCGAGGUGCCGUUCCCGGCGCUGUCGCCGGUGCGGCUGGCGGCGGCGCAGGCGGCCGCGAUCCAGCCCUCCUCGCCGCGCUACUUCUUCUCCUCGCUCGCCGCCGCGGGCGCCACCGCCUCCUCGCAGCGCCGCAUCGGCAUCGCCGUCGACCUCUCCGACGAGUCCGCCUACGCCGUGCGCUGGGCCGUGCAGAACUACCUGCGCCCGGGCGACGCCGUCGUGCUCCUGCACGUGCGCCCCACCUCCGUCCUCUACGGCGCCGACUGGGGCUCCAUCCCCGUCUCCGUCGCCGACGACGCCGACGCCGACGAGCCCCCCGCUCCCUCCGCCGAGGAGCUGCAGAAGAAGCGGGAGGAGGACUUCGACGCCUUCACCUCCACCAAGUCCGAGGACCUCGCGCAGCCGCUCGUGGGCGCGCAGAUCCCCUUCAAGAUCCACGUCGUCAAGGACCACGACAUGAAGGAGCGCCUCUGCCUCGAGGCCGAGCGCCUCGGCCUCUGCGCCAUGAUCAUGGGGAGCCGCGGGUUCGGCGCCUCGCGCAAGGGCGGGAAGGGCAGGCUCGGGAGCGUCAGCGAUUACUGCGUGCAUCACUGUGUCUGCCCCGUCGUGGUCGUUCGCUACCCGGACGAUCCUGCUGCAGCUAUCGCCGGUGAGGCGGCGGCAGCAGCAGCGGCAAUACCAGAUGAGCUGCACACUGUGCCCGAGGAUGAGCCUGUGUAUCAUGAUGCCCCUGACGCACACAAAGAAAAUUGAGGCAAUGGCAUGCAACAUGGAGCGCAAGGAAAACAUGAGGCUUGUACCUAGGCGAUCCCUGUGUAUCUGAGCGCCGCAACUUCUGUAUCCUGAGUCAUGUGUGCAUAUCAUAAACUGGCUUGGCCAGCAGGCUUUGCAUUUCGGGCUAGUACCAGGCUCCUGGGUCGCCGGUGUCUUUGUUGGUUUGUGUUAUCGACUGCAUGUAGACUGAAUUAUUCCUGUGUGCGCAAGCUGUAUGUUUAUGCUGGGCUCCUGAGUCUCCCUUGUUUUGUAAGUUCAGGCUUCCCGAUGUGGUACUUGUUGUAUUCUUCCCUAGUUUUCUGCAUGGAUGGACACUGCCUAGCUCACCGCACAUGUUUGUAAUGUUUGUAAGACAGACAGGUUUGCGUCCGAAUAAAUACAAUGUUGAGAUACUUGCAU